AAAUUGGCUGGGAUGGAGGAGGAAGACUUGAUGUUUUCCUCUCGUGAGGAACAGCAGCAGCUCUUGCACAAAGUUCUGGCAGCAUCAGAUCUUGACGCAGAAGAGGAAGUGGUGAUGGGAGACGUGGGAGGGAAGCCACAGUUUUCUCGCCGUAUGGGAACUAUGAGCUCCAUGUCUGGUGCAGACGAUACUGUCUACAUGGAAUACCAGACGUCCCGCAGUGGCAAGUCUUUAGCUGGCAAGAAUGUCCAUCCUCUGUUUAAACGCUUCCGCAAGUGAACACACUCACGGCAUGGCUGAUGUAUUCACAGCAUCUGGAGAGACCAGGCCACUUCCUGGGACGCCCAGCAUCAUAAUAAAAGACACUUCAUGGCUGCUUGUCUCAGACAGACCAAUUUAAAGACUGAGAAAGAAGCAAAACUGCUGCAAUUUCAGAAAGAUUAAAAAAUCUAAUAUGUAUAGUAUUGCAAACAGGAUGUUUGUUAUUAUAAGAAUGAUUUCUUUGAAUUUGUUGUGAGAAACUGAAUGGAAAUUGAAGGAAGAAAUUUGUACAGUAUGCAAAAGCCA